ACAACCAAUUGUGCGUCUUGCUUUUGUUGUGAAAAGGCAGGGUGGAAGCUAACGGGAACGAAAUCAGAUACUUCACCUGUUACAACAUUACUUUAGGACUUGGGUACAUUAAGCUGAACUCUUGUUUGCAACUUUAUGAAACAGUAUAGAAGGAGAGUUUCGAUUAUUUAGAGUAGGUCAGCAUCAAGACAAGCUGAAAAGAUAUGCGUGCAGACUUUCAAAGAUAGCUUUUGGAGAUAAAUUCUGUCAGAACAGACCACUUCCUGAAAACUAGGUUGUAUGCGUGCCAAGGAACGGGUAGUUUAGCAUCACGUGAGAGAAAAGUCAUAUGACACAUACGCUGUUGUGGUAUCAGUACUUACUCGUUUGGCAGUUCGAAGGAUGGCUUUCGUCCAUAGAGUUGGGUUUGUUAUUUUGCUGUUUAUGGUCUCUUACUGCAUGUGCAAGAGAUACGAGCCCACCUGGGAAUCCAUAGACUCUCGACCGAUUCCAGGGUGGUAUGAUGAAGCUAAGGUUGGCAUUUUCAUACACUGGGGAGUAUUCUCUGUACCAAGUUUUGGGAGUGAAUGGUUUUGGUGUUAUUGGCGGGACAAGAAACUACGGCCGUAUGUUGACUUCAUGAAUAAGAACUAUCCUCCUGGCUUCACGUAUGCCGACUUUGGACCAAUGUUUACGGCUGAGUUUUUUAAUCCCAAACAGUGGGUUGACAUAUUUGCUUCAUCGGGAGCAAAAUACAUCGUCCUCACUACAAAGCACCAUGAAGGCUUCACAUUAUGGGGCUCAAAGAAUUCAUGGAACUGGAAUGCAGUGGACGUGGGGCCACGGCGGGACCUGGUAGGGGAGCUGGCCACUGCCCUGCGAAGCGACAGCAACCUGCACCUGGGACUCUACCACUCCCUCUUUGAGUGGUUCCACCCGCUCUUCAGAGAGGAUAAAGCCAAUGCCUACAAAACCAAUUACUUCCCCACCACCAAAGCUCUGCCUGAACUGUAUGACUUGAUCAACACGUAUAAGCCUGAGGUGCUAUGGUCUGACGGGGAUGGGAAUGCUCCUGCCACUUACUGGAACAGCACAGGCUUUCUUGCCUGGCUGUACAACGACAGCCCAGUGAAGGACUUUGUGGUGACCAAUGAUCGCUGGGGGUUAGGGACCAUCUGCAAUCACGGAGGCUACUACACCUGCGCUGACCGCUACAACCCUGGGCACCUGUUGAAGCACAAAUGGGAGAACUGCAUGACCAUUGACCAGAAGUCCUGGGGCUACCGCAGAGAGGCAGUGCUCAGUGACUACCUCUCCACUGCGGACAUCAUAAAGACACUAGUGGAGACUGUAUCUUGUGGCGGGAAUUUGCUGGUGAAUGUGGGACCCACCCAUGAUGGACGCAUUGCCCCCAUCUUUGAGGAGCGUCUGAGAGAGAUGGGCCAGUGGCUGAAGGUCAAUGGGGAGGCCAUCUACAACAGCACUGCAUGGAGGGCUCAGAAUGACACCAUCACCCCUGCCCUCUGGUACACUUUCAGACCGCAGGAGAAAGCUAUCUAUGCAAUCACCCUGUCAUGGCCCAGUAAUGGAUCCAUCAUUCUCGGUGAACCUAAGGUAUCGCAAGGUCAAACUCAGGUGGCGCUGUUGGGCUACAAGCAGUUAAAAUGGGAGCCGGUGGCAGCUGGAGGUCUGAGGGUGUACAUGCCUCAGCUCUCCCCAUCUGAGAUGCCUUGCUCUUGGGCCUGGACACUGAAGCUCACUGGUGCCUCCUAGAGGGCAAGACGAUGGCAAUGAGGAAUGGCUUAGUGUUAUGAAUGAAGCACAAGACAUGAAUGAAUGUCGUUAAAGUGCACAGAGGGUCAUUUGGAUAAUCUGGUUUUACUGGUUCAUUGUUUUGAUGAUUGGUUUUCAGAAUAACAGGUGACAAAUGUACAACUACUGUAGAAAUUCAGGGAAUUGGGUAAAAUGAUAAUCUAUUAUAGAUUAAUGCUAAAAUAUUUAGGUGCAUCAAAGUUUAAGGAUUUUUUUUUGAAAAGGGACCUUGUUGCAUUUAUGCACAUUUUGUAGUAUUUUUAGUCAAAUCAAAGAUUUUUUUAAAUUCAAAUGUUUUUUAAGUAUAUUGUACAUUUAAUUACUGUACUGUACUGCAUUUUUGAAGUUGGCUGAAAGUGCACUUUGAAUUAUGACUAUGAUGAUGUUAUUGGUAAAAAGGAAAAUCUGUGAAUCCACAAAUUCAUACCUCACUGCUCCCUGGCCAACUCUGGCAGGGCAUGGUAGGAAACAUAAUUUGCUGUGUGUUCAAGGUGGGGUGGUUUCCUCAGGGUUUGUUGGUGGCUGUGAAGUAGUUAGGGUUUUGUGAACGGGAUGGGGCAAUUUGAUAAUUCCACUAUAGAAAGAUGCCUGCACUGGGUUCUUGUUCUGUUGUAUGGCAGGGAAAGAAAAUGAAUGCUUUUGAGUAUAGAGGUUUGCAAGAACUAUGAUUUUUUUUUUUUAUCCACCAGUUUGCUUAAUCAUUCCAUGUUUUUUUGUGUUUUUUUUUUUUUUGUAAUAAAUGCAACUGAUUUAAUUUGGUUAUACAUUAGGGACACACUAUUGUUUGCUUCUAUAAAAGCUAUGGGUAUUGGGAAGUGCACCACCACUGCAAACUGUGAUGUCUCUAUGAGAAAAGAGAACUAUUAAAUACUGUUUGUACUGUUA